UCUGUGAAACCUGCAGUACUCCGUCGACUCAUGCGUGAAAUUUCCGAUUUGAAGUCGAGUCCACCGGAGGGUAUUCGCAUCAUCACCAACGAGGACAACCUAUGCGACGUGACGGGUAUAAUUCAGGGACCUGAGGGCACCCCCUAUGCAGGAGGUUAUUUCAGAAUCAAGUUCCACUUUACGGAGGAGUUUCCGGCGGCGCCUCCGAAAUGCCGCAUGCUCACCAAGAUCUUUCAUCCCAACGUCUCCACUGCUGGCGAGAUUUGCGUGAACACCCUGAAGAAGGAUUGGCAAUCCUCAUACGGGAUCGCACACAUCCUCGUCGUGGUCAAGUGCCUCUUGAUCCAUCCGAACCCGGAAUCAGCCUUGGACGAAGAGGCCGGCAAGCUUCUCCUCGAGGACUACAAUCGAUUUGCCGAACACGCGCAAAUGAUCACUAGCGUACAUGCGACCCCUAGGGUACGUUAUAUGACACCGCGAUACCAGUGCACUUCUGAUGCAUAG